GCCCGCACAUGCUCCAUCACAUGAGUGUGAAGUCUGGUCGUUCGUUUGACAGCCAGAAGGCCCUCGACCAGCAUCUCCAGGAUUCGCCCGCGCAUGUUCCAUCAUAUGAGUGUGAGAUUUUCGAUCGUUCAUUUGGCAGUGAGGAGGCUCUUGACCGCGCAUACUCCAUCACAUGAGUGUGAGCUCUGUGAUCGUUCGUUUAGCAGCCAGAAGGCCCUCAACCAGCAUCUCCGGAAUUUGCCCCCGCAUUUUCAGCUGCCAAAAACGCCACUGAACAUAUUUUUCCAAUCCUUUGACGGCUUUAAAUUUGAUCCUAAUUUGCCACCAAGUGAAUCGUAUCCGUCCUUACAAAGAUUCUAUGGUUGGCGUAAAGGCAAUAAGGACUCGGCCCAAGCUUGGGACCAGUACCAGGAAGCGCUUACUCAAGAGUUCAAACUCUGGUUUGGGGCAGAGGAUGACAUUGCUGCUUGGCAUUCACUUUGUCGCGCUGUGGGGAUUGAACCUUUACCAAGAAGCUGUCUUGAAUGCGAGGCACCAGUACCUUGAAGAUUUGCUGGAUUAUUAUCAUACUUGCGCAUGAUGCUACCUUACAGGGCCAGAUUGAUUUUUAUCCGAAGAAGAUUGAUGGUUGGAAACGGAAGGGGGAUGAUCCUAGAACGAGGUGGUUGUUUUGUAAUGAUGUGAAGGAGGCGCAAAGAGAUGAUAAAUAGUCUAUUGGUUCCAAAGGUAUACUUAGCUUUUACGGGAUCCUAUCCUAUCCGUACACUAAUGAACCUUACCCAGAUGUCUAUAGAUCGGACAUUAUAGAACAAUGCAU